CCUACUUAUGUACACUAUACAUAUAUAAACAUUUUAUAAAAGAUAUAACAACGUGUCUGCAUUUUAGAAGAUCAACAAAAUCCACAACUAUUUUUCACCAAUUAAUCGUGUGUUAAUUAAGAUGGUGGAUGAACAUGUGAAAUUGGUUCCAAUAGCCAAUGUGGGAAGAAUCAUGAAACAAAUCUUGCCACCAACUGCAAAAAUCUCCAAAGAGGCAAAGGAGACUAUGCAAGAAUGUGCAUCAGAGUUUAUAAGUUUUGUUACUGGUGAAGCAUCUGACAAGUGUCACCAGGAGAAUCGAAGGACGGUUAAUGGAGAUGACAUCUGUUGGGCUCUCAGUUCACUUGGUUUUGACAACUAUGCUGAGGCCAUGUUGAGGUACUUGUAUAAGUUGAGGGAGUUUGAAAGACUAAAGGCCAAUCAGAACAAAGGUUCAAAUAACGAUGAAGAUACGGAUGAAGAAGCUGCAGCAAGUGAAUCUGAGAAGCAAGAAACUAGUACUCCUCCAGCACCAUUAGAGUUUAAUGUAAUGGAGAGGGGUAGCUAUAAUUAAUGAUAGGGAACUAAAGGGGAUGAUUUGUAGUUUCAAUUCGGAAAAUUUUGGAUCAUUUCUCGGUUUGUGCAAAGUCAUGCUAAUCUUCUCGUUCCGAUUCUUUGAGAAAGAAUCAGCUACUUUGAAUUUUGUCCUUGAAAUCUUCGGAAUAAUCAUUAUUCUCAUGUAUUUUCUCCUUAAUUGGUCUCUCUUUUUGUUUUCCUUGAGAAUUAAAGAAGGAUUCAAUUUCCUGAACUUCAGCUAUGGGUUCAUGUAUCUAGGUUAACUUUUGACCUAAACUAAGACCAUGUGUUAUUGAAGAAGCAAGCUCACUCUUAUUCCAAGAAUCAGAGGAAGGUAUUUUAUCCGAUAAUGAAGU